AGUUCAGCAGGUCUGUGUGUCAUACACACGCACACCUCUGAGAAAAAGGCAUCCUGCUGAAGAAAAGUGGGGAAAGAGAGAAAUAGACCAGAGGCUGGGAUCAGGACUUGCUAAAUUCUUGCAAAAGCCACUGGCCUUGGGAGAGCUGAAAGGAAUGAACCUGUGGGCUGCCUGCUUCAUGUGCCUGCUGCUGGUCUGCCUGGACCUGCCUGACACCGACUGUAGAAUCCAUGAGCGAUCCAUGGAAAUCAGGAACCCAGACAUCGACCCUUCCUGGUACACUGGCCGUGGGAUCCGACCUGUAGGAAGGUUUGGCCGGAGGAGAGCUGCUGGGGAGAGCCUCCAGAAAUCUGGCUAUGGACAUCGGCAAGCUUGCUUCCCUCUAGAAGAAAGCAGUGAAUCCAUCCAAGAUGAAUGAAAUUACUAAGAGAAAGAAUGAAUAUAAAUGAUGAUAAUAAAAGAACCUUUUUCCUUUCUUUUCUCCAUGUUCCAGCCUCUCUUCUAGGCAAAUGAAAAUGCUUGGUCUCAUUUCAAUGUAUUUUUGUGGCUAUACAUUAUAUCAACCAAAGAGCAGUCGAUAAUUCCAGUAGUUCGGACAAUUUUCCUUAGUCUGUUUUUAUUCCCCCAUCCCCCACCACCUUUCUUCACUUGCUCCCUCCUCAUCUUACUUUUGCUUUGUGUCCAUGAUGAUUUAUAACACAGAAAUUCUCAAGUUGGAGCUGUACUGGUGGGGGAAAGAAAUACAAAUCCUAUUGUUAAUGAUCUUCAUGGAGUAUGGGCUCUUUUAUACAGAUCAGCACAAUAAUAAAAUCUGAGAACCUGG